AUGACGGCGGCCGGCUCGCGGCUCCCGCCGGACAGAGUCCGCGACCUGUUCGCGGGCAUCUCCGAGGACGACGACGACGACGACGACGAGGACGCGAUGCAGGACAAGCUCAUCCCGCGGCCCAGCCGCCGGGGCCAGGCCUCGGCGGGCUUCGGCGCCUCCUCCCACCAGCGGCGGCGGUCGUUCCACCGCGCGGCCGACCUGUCGCCGCGCUACCAGCGCGCCGGCGAGUACUCGGGCCACCACGCGCCCGCCGUGUCGCCGCCCGCGCCGCCCCCGCGCCGGCGGUCGUGCUCGAUCGCGGUGGCGCGUCCGCCGCCCGAGCUGUCGCUGUCGCGGCUGCUGACGCCGACGCCGACGCCCGACUCGUCGCCGCCGCGCACGCCGCCGCCCGCGCCGCCCAGCACGCUGCACCCCAACCUGGCGCGCUUCCUGCGCACCGACUCGCCGCCGCCCAUGGGCUCGCGCCACGGGCCGCCCGCGCUGUGCCCGUCGCCCGGCGCCACCACGCCCGUCUCGUCGCGGCCCGUCAGCCCGCGGCCCUGCUCCUCCGGCGGCGGCAGCCCGGCCCACUUCCAGCAGCAGCAGCACGGGGGCGGCGGCGGCGGCGGCGCCGGGCCCUACAGGGCCAGGACCUCCUCCAUGCCGGCCGUCCCCAGGCACCGCGUGAGUACCCCCAACACCCUCUCCUCCUACGUCCUCUCAACCUAA